UCUGUUUCUCUCUCUCUCUCUCUUUUAAUUUCAUUAUUUUUAUUUUUAAAAAAACUGUCAUUUUUUAUUUAUAGAUUUGAGGGUUGUAAAGACGAGAGAAGAAGGGCACGAUGGUUAGGAGCGUAAAGAAUGGAGGAGAGGCAGUGGAGAUCUCGCCGGACCACUUCGAUCCGACGGCUGUGGUCCCUGAGCCGCUGCCUAAGGUGGUGGAGUCCGACGGCGAAUUAGUGAAUGGGAAAUCGAACGGCGACAGAGAGAUCGUGUUGGGGCGGAACGUGCACACCACGUGCCUGGAGGUGACGGAGCCAGAUGCCAAUGACGAUUUCACCGGCGAUAAAGAUGCCUUCAUGGCUAGCAUCCUUGCUCGCUAUCGAAAGACCCUCCUCGAAAGGACCAAGCACCAUUUAGGUUAUCCGUAUAAUUUGGACUUCGACUAUGGUGCUCUAGCGCAGUUGCAGCAUUUCUCCAUUAACAAUCUAGGUGACCCUUUUAUUGAGAGCAACUAUGGUGUCCAUUCAAGGCAGUUUGAAGUUGGCGUUUUAGAUUGGUUUGCUCGUCUUUGGGAAAUAGAAAAGGAUGAGUACUGGGGAUACAUCACAAAUUGUGGUACAGAAGGCAAUCUUCAUGGGAUUUUAGUUGGGAGGGAAGUGUUCCCAGAUGGGAUUUUGUAUGCGUCACGGGAGACACAUUAUUCUGUUUUUAAAGCCGCGCGAAUGUAUAGAAUGGAGUGUGUGAAGGUUGACACUCUGGUCUCUGGUGAGAUUGAUUGUGCAGAUUUUAAAGUUAAACUACUAGCUCAUAAAGACAAACCAGCCAUCAUCAAUGUUAAUAUAGGGACAACUGUCAAAGGAGCUGUUGAUGACCUUGAUCUCGUAAUACAAACUCUUGAACAAAGUGGAUUCACACAUGAUCGGUUCUACAUUCAUUGUGAUGGAGCUUUAUUUGGACUUAUGAUGCCUUUUGUCAAACGUGCACCAAAGGUUAGUUUCAAGAAGCCCAUUGGAAGUGUUAGUGUCUCUGGCCAUAAGUUUGUUGGAUGUCCAAUGCCUUGUGGUGUUCAAAUAACUAGGCUGGAGCACAUCAAUGCUCUGUCAAGGGACGUUGAGUACCUUGCUUCAAGGGAUGCUACAAUAAUGGGAAGCCGCAAUGGUCAUGCUCCUAUUUUCCUGUGGUACACCCUCAACAAAAAAGGUUACAAGGGAUUCCAGAAAGAAGUCCAGAAAUGCCUUAGAAAUGCUCACUAUUUGAAGGACCGCCUACUUGAUGCUGGAAUUAGUGCCAUGCUAAAUGAGCUCAGCAGCACAGUUGUGUUUGAACGACCUUGGGAUGAGGAGUUCAUUCGCCGGUGGCAGUUAGCUUGCCAAGGAAAUAUCGCACAUGUGGUGGUGAUGCCCAAUGUCACCAUUGACAAGCUGGAUGAUUUUUUGAGUGAAUUAGUUGAAAAACGCUCUACUUGGUACCAGGAUGGAAAAGUUAAGCCCCCUUGUAUUGCAGCAGAGGUGGGAAGUGAGAAUUGUCUUUGUACUCUGCAUAAGUGACUAGUCAUUGGGGAGGGAGAAUCGCCCUUGCACUCUCUACACGAGUGAAUCAUUGUUCUAUUCAAAGCUUUCCAUUUGGUUCUUGUUUUAUCUUAAAUAAAACGCUUGAUUAAAGUAGAAUGUAGGUCCCUUCCUGAGGAUUUUUUUUUCCUGCUUCAGUGUAGCAUUGUAAUGACUUAGCAAAAACAAAAAAGAAUUUCGUUAUAUUUUUGAAUCA